AUGCAACAGGAUGAUAUUGUGAUACCGUCUCCAGAUAUCAAUCAGGAUACUGAGGCUGGUGAACUUCGUUCGAAACCGGUCAAAAAUAAACCACCCUACUAUGAGAGUACCUAUGAAAUAAUUCCCAAAUGCCCAAAGAAUGAGGAAUAUUUGUCGUGUGGACCAGAUUGUGAGGAUGAAUGUUCAAGGCGGUGUUCACCGCAGAAUACUGGAUGCAAGAAGGGGUGCUUCUGCAAAAACGGAUAUGUUCGUCACGGAGGACGGUGUAUCUCGUUGGCAUCUUGUCAGAAAAAAAUAACUUGUCCGAGGUAUGAAGAAUGGAAAGAAUGCAGUUCGGCCCCCUACUGUGAUACGUGUGGAGGAAAGUGUGACUAUAAAUCCCAAUGCCCAGGGUGUUUCUGCCGAAAAGGCUACUAUCGUCAUCCAACAACAAAUCAAUGCGUCAAUUCACAUCAGUGCCCACCUCAAGUGCACUACUGUUCCUACGGCGAAGAGUACAACGCCUGUGGAUACCCCAGUGCAGAACAGUGUGAAACGUACGGUAGGGGAUAUUAUUCGGAAAAAUGUAAAUCUGGGUGCUUCUGUAGCAAGGGUCUUGUUAGAAUAGAUGGAAAAUGUGUCCCAAAAAGUAAUUGUCAAAUGACAUGUCCAGCAAAUGAAGAGUACAGCUCAUGUGGAAAUUCGUGCCAAGAAGAUUGUUCCACAAAAGAAAGUGAUUGCAAGAAAACUUGUGAAUCGGGUUGUUUCUGCAUUGCUGGGUACAAGAGAGUUGGUGGGGUUUGUGUUCCAAAACCAAAUUGUCCACCACCAAAAUGUCCCGGAAAAUACGAAGAGUACACAACAUGUGGAAACACAUGCAACGAAGAUUGCACGAAAUCUUACAAAGAAUGUCUCUACAAAGGUUGUGAUUCUGGUUGUUUCUGUAAGGCCAAUUACAAACGUGUCGAUGGUGAAUGCGUUCCGGAAGAAUACUGCCCUCCACCGGAUUGUCCUAUUCAUGAAGUAUAUACCACAUGUGGAAACUCUUGUUACGACGAAUGUGGAACUACAAAGGAAGAUUGUCGGGAUGAAAAGUGCUACGCAGGAUGCUAUUGCCAGAAGGGCUUUAAAAGAAUAGAUGGAGUAUGCUUACCGGAGUCCAAAUGCGAAUACUUAACGACAAAAUGCGCUGGACCAAAUGAAGUCUACAUAAAAUGUGGAAAAUCCUGCAACGAAGAUUGCCUAAAGUCUUACAAGGAUUGCCUCUACGAACCAUGUCAGACGGGAUGUUUCUGUGAACCUGAAUACAAAAGAGUCGAUGGUGAAUGUGUUCCGAAAGAAAAAUGCCCAAUACCAGAAUGUCAGGUACAUGAAGUUUAUCUCAAAUGUGGAACCUCUUGCAACGACGAAUGUGGAAGGACCAAAUCAGACUGUCAAGAUGAAAAGUGCUACGCAGGGUGUUACUGUCAGGACGGUUACAAGAGGGUAGAUGGUGUGUGUGUUCCGGAAUACAAGUGUGGUCCGCCGAAGUGUCCAGGAAAGAAUGAGAUCUACUCAAAGUGUGGAACAACUUGCAACGAGGACUGUACGAAAACUUACAAGGAUUGCCUAUCAGAAUCUUGUUCCCCUGGCUGCUACUGCGAACCAAACUACAAAAGAGUCAAUGGGGAAUGUCUUCCGAAAGCAGAAUGCCCAUUACCAGACUGUCCAGAAAACGAAGCAUAUAUCACAUGUGGAACCUCUUGUUACGAUGAGUGUGGAAAAAUCAAAUCCGACUGUCUAAGUGAAAAGUGCACCGCAGGCUGUUUCUGUCAAGAUGGCUUCAAAAGAAUAGGUGGAGCGUGUAUUUCAGAAUAUAAGUGUGGACCUCCGCAGUGUCCGGGGGAAAAUGAAGCUUACACAAAAUGUGGAAACACCUGCAACGAAGAUUGUAUGAAAACUUACAAAGACUGCAUGUCCGAACCUUGUUCGCCUGGUUGCUACUGCGAUAAGAAUUACAAAAGAAUUGAUGGUACAUGCGUUCCCAAAGAAGACUGCCCGGUACCAGAAUGUCCAGCACAUGAAGUUUAUAUUAAGUGUGGAACCACAUGUUACGAUGAGUGUGGAAAGACAAAAACUGAUUGCUUGGAUGAAAAAUGCUAUGCAGCGUGUUUCUGUGAGAACGGAUUCAAACGGAUAGAUGGCGUAUGUGUUCCGGAGUUUAAGUGUCCACCACCAGAAUGUCCAGGACCAAAUGAAAUUUACUCAAAGUGUGGAAAGUCUUGCAACGAAGACUGUACAAAGAGUUACAAGGAUUGCUUUUCAGAACCCUGUACCCCUGGUUGCUUCUGUGAACCAAAUUAUAAAAGAUUUGAUGGUGAAUGCGUUCCGGAAGAAGAUUGUCCACCACCAGAUUGUCCAGCAAAUGAAAUUUACAUAAUUUGUGGAAACUCAUGCUAUGACAUGUGUGGAAAGAGUAAAACCGAUUGUUUGAAUGAAAAAUGCACCGCAGGGUGUUAUUGUCAGAAAGGAUUCAAAAGGAUAAAUGGCAUUUGUGUACCGGACUAUAAAUGCGGACUUACGAAAUGUCCAGGACCAAAUGAAAUUUAUACAAAAUGUGGAAAAAGUUGUAAUGAAUAUUGCACGAAAACUUACGAAGAUUGCUUACCCGAGCCUUGUAGCUCUGGUUGCUACUGCCUACCAAAUUAUAAGAGAGUUAAUGGAGAAUGUAUUCCGGAGGAAGAAUGUCCACCACGAGAAUGUCCAGUACAUGAAGUAUAUGUCACUUGUGGAAAUUCGUGCUAUGAUUCGUGUGGAAAGAGUAAAUUGGAUUGUUUCAAUGAAGAGUGUACAGCAGGAUGUUACUGUCAGAAAGGAAUGAAAAGGAUAAAUGGUGUAUGUGUUCCGGAUUACUUAUGCGCAUCGUCAAAAUGUACUGGUGAAAAUGAGGUUUACACAAAAUGUGGAAACACUUGCAAUGAGGACUGUACGAAAACCUACAAGGAUUGCCUAUCACAACCCUGUUCAGCAGGUUGCUUCUGCGAACCAAAUUAUAAAAGAGUAGAUGGAGCAUGUAUUCCGGAAGAAGAAUGUCCAUCACCAGAAUGUUCAGAAUAUGAAGUCUAUAAAACUUGUGGAAACACGUGUUACGAUGAAUGUGGAAAGAGUAAAUCCGAUUGUGUGAAUGAGAAGUGUUAUGCAGGAUGUUAUUGUCAGGAUGGAUUUAAAAGAAUAAAUGGAAUAUGCGUUCCAGAGAUUAAGUGUGAAUAUCCGAAAUGUUCUGGACCGAAUGAAAUUUACUCAAAAUGUGGAACAACUUGUAAUGAGGAUUGUACGAAAACUCAUAAAGAAUGUUUGUCAGAAUACUGUUCUCCUGGUUGCUACUGUGAACCCUAUUACAAGAGAGUCGAUGGAGAAUGCGUUCCGGAAGAGGAUUGCCCACCGCCAGAAUGUCCGUUACAUGAAGUUUACGUUACGUGUGGAAACACAUGCUACGAUGAAUGUGGAAAAACCAAGUCAGAUUGUCAGGGUGGAAAAUGCUACGCAGGAUGUUACUGUGAGAAAGGAUACAAGAGGAUAGAUGGCGUAUGUGUUCCUGAGAUUAAAUGUGAAUAUCCGAAAUGUUCGGGACCAAAUGAAAUUUACUCAAAGUGUGGAACUACUUGUAAUGAGGACUGCACGAGAACUCAUAAAGAGUGUUUGUCAGAAUACUGUUCUCCUGGUUGCUACUGCGAACCUUACUACAAGAGAGUCGAUGGAGAAUGUGUUCCGGAAGAAGAUUGUCCAUUGUUAGAAUGUCCGGUACAUGAAGUCUACAGUUCAUGUGGAAACGCCUGCUACGAUGAAUGUGGAAAAACCAAGUCAGAUUGCGAAGGCGGAAAAUGCUACGCAGGAUGUUACUGUGAGAAAGGAUUCAAGAGGAUAGAUGGCGUAUGUGUUCCGGACUAUAAAUGCGAAUCUUCAAUAUGUCCGGGACAAAAUGAAAUAUACACAACGUGUGGAAGAUAUUGUGACGAAAUAUGUGGUAUUACGAAAGAAAAGUGCAUAAAGGAUACUUGUUAUGGUGGAUGCUUUUGCAUUGACGGCUACAAGAGAGUCGAUGGAGCAUGCCUACCUGAAUCUGAGUGUCCGCCGCCAUCUUGUGGGCUCUAUGAAAUUUACUCUAAAUGCGGAAGAAGAUGCGAUGAAGAAUGUAAGGGUAUCAAAAGCAGUCCUUGUAGAACGGAUGUUUGCGAAGAGGGAUGCUUCUGCAAACCUGGAUACAAACGUAUCAAUGACUCUUGCGUUCCGGAUUCCAUAUGCAAGUGUCCGCGUAAUGAAGUCUAUGAUUACGGCAGCGACUGUAGUGAAGAAUGCUUCAAGACAUCGGAUGAUUGCGAAGGGGAAUCGGAGAGCUAUCGAUGCACUUGUAUAGAAGGAUAUAAACGAAUCAAUGGAUAUUGUGUCAACGAAAAUCUCUGUAAAUGUCCCAAAAAUGAGGAAUAUACUUAUGGUAAUUCAUGUAAAGAACAAUGUGAAAUUGAUCCAGAUGACUGCGAAGAGGAUGUAUGUUCCAAAGGUUGCUAUUGCAAGGAAGAUUAUCGAAGAAUUGAUGGGGUCUGCGUUCCAGAUACCGAAUGUUCUUGUGGGGAAAAUGAGGAGUACACUUACGGAAAUGAGUGUUAUGACGACUGUACACAGGAUCCUAAAUACUGCCGAAGCAUGAAAACUUACAAGAGAUGUUCAUGCAUUGAAGGUCACAAGAGAAUUGAUGGGAUAUGUUUACCUGAAUCGGAAUGUCAGUGUCCAUCAAAUGAAGAAAUAGGGUAUACUAAUGAUUGCUAUGAGGAAUGUGGAAGAGAUCCUAAGGAAUGUGCUGAGGAGGAGAAUGUUAGAAGAUGUUCUUGCCAAGAUGGGUACGUCCGAAUAGGUGGUCUCUGUGUUCCUGAAGAUCAGUGUACAUGUCCAGAUAAUGAAGAAUAUGUUGUAAGCAAUCCAUGCGAGGAGGACUGUAGUGCUGUUCCAGAAAGUUGCAAGGAUGUAGUGUCUUACAAAAGAUGUUCCUGUAUAACAGGAUAUAAACGAAUGAAUGGUCUGUGUACGGAACAAUGUGAAUGUGGUGAAAACGAAAUCUUCAAGUACGGAAAUCCAUGCAGUGAAGAUUGUUCAAAAACCGAAUCAGACUGCAGCAGAGAAAGGUACUACCAAGGAUGCUUCUGUCAGAAGGGUUACAAAAGAAUCGAUGGCGAAUGUGUUGAGUACACCGAAUGUCCCUGUGAUGACAACGAGAAAUACUCUUACGGGAACGAUUGUGAUGAACUUUGUGACACUACCGACUGUGAUGAUACAGUUCAAUAUUGGAAAUGCAGAUGUCUCCCGAAGCACAAGAGAAUUGAUGGCAACUGCGUUCCACAGGAAAAUUGUGAAUGCGACGACAACGAGGUGUUCGGAUCAGGGAAUGAGUGUUACGAAUCCUGUGGAUCGAUUCCCAGUGAAUGUGCUCAAAUGCCUACUAUUGACAAAUGUAAUUGCAAGCCAAAUUUCGUCAGGAUUGAUGAUGUUUGUGUACCGGACACUGAUUGCUCGUGUGGCGAUAAUGAAGACUAUAUAUCAUCAAGCGAUUGCAUAGAAAAGUGCGGUGAAACGAGACUAACUUGCAUUGAUGAACCCAAAUGGAGACGUUGUACAUGUAACGAUCAGUUCAAGAGGAUUGAUGGACAAUGCGUACCAGAUACCAAAUGCGAAUGCCCGGAAUAUGAGCAUAUGGAUAAUACAAAUGAAUGCUUCGAAUCAUGUGGAGCGGAUCCUACUGUAUGUAGUCUUCUACCGGUCGUUCGAAGAUGCACUUGUGACGAAAACUAUGUAAGAGUAGAUGACAUAUGCAUAUCUGAAGAGGUAGCGUGCUCUUGCCCAGAUGACGAAGAAUACAAAAGAACAAAUGACUGCUAUGAUAUGUGCAAUGCAACAUGCACAGACUGUACCAAGGAACAUACAUACCCCAAAUGCGGCUGCAUAGAAGGAUUCAGAAGAAUUGAUGGUGUAUGCGUAAAUGAUACCAAUUGUCCUUGCAAGGAUAAUGAAGAAUUCGGUUACGGAAAUGACUGUUAUGAGACUUGUGGAACUGAUCCUCUCUUCUGUGCAUUGUUCCCAACAGAAAAGCGAUGCAUUUGUAAGGCAGGUCACGUAAGAAUAGAUCAAGACUGUGUUCCUUACAGUGAAUGUCCAUGUGGGGAAAAUGAGAUAUACAUGCCAUCUAGUGAAUGUAUUGAGAAAUGCGGGGAAGAUGAAACCACAUGCCAGGAUGAAAAUCAGUACUGGCGAUGUACGUGUUUGGAUCAACAAAAGAGAAUAGACGAAACAUGUUUACCAGAUUCAGAAUGCGAAUGCCCAGAAAACGAGCAUAUGGAUAAUACAAAUGAAUGUUUCGAAUCAUGUGGAAACGAUCCUCUUGAAUGUAUACUUCAACCGAUGGUUCGUAGGUGCGCUUGUGACAUCAACUUCGUGAGAAUAGGCACUGAUUGUAUUCCUGUUGAGGAAGCCUGCGCUUGCCCAGAUGACGAAGAAUAUAAAGAAACAAACGACUGCAAUGAGGAUUGCGAUAAAACAUGCGAAGAAUGUAUUGGAGAGUAUUCAUAUCCCAAAUGCGGUUGCAUACAAGGUUUCAGAAGAGUCAACAACGUUUGCGUAAAUGAAACGAACUGCCCAUGUAAAGAUAAUGAAGAAUUCGGUUACGGAAACGAAUGCUUCGAGUCUUGUGGUACUAAUCCCAGUGAUUGUGCAAGGCUUCCAAUCGUCAAACGUUGUGUUUGUAUAAAAGAUCACGUGAGAAUUGGUGAUGAUUGCGUACCUGAUACAUCAUGUCCAUGCAGACAGUUUGAAGAAUACACUUUCGGUAAUGAGUGCAUCGAAGACUGUGAGAAAACGAAUUUAGAGUGUCGAAAUGAGGACUCCUACAAGAGAUGCACCUGUAUUGCCGGACACAAGAGAAUCGAUGAUAUAUGUGGUCCCGAAGUCGAUUGCCCUUGCGGUACCAACGAAAUCUAUCAAUUCGGAAAUCCAUGUCGGGAAGAAAGAUGUACUGCUGUUGAAACUGACUGUUUCGAUACGCCAUGUUACAAGGGGUGCUUCUGUGAUAGGGGUAUGAGGAGAAACGAUGAAGGACAAUGUGUGGAAGAAUGUGAAGAUGACGAUGAUGGUGGAGACGGCGGAGAUGGUGGAAAUGACGAUGACGGUGGAGACGGCGGAGAUGGUGGAAAUGACGAUGAUGGCGGAGACGGCGGAGAUGGUGGAAAUGACGAUGAUGGUGGAGACGGCGGAGAUGGUGGAAAUGACGAUGAUGGUGGAGACGGCGGAGAUGGUGGAAAUGACGAUGAUGGUGGAGACGGCGGAGAUGGUGGAAAUGACGAUGAUGGUGGAGACGGCGGAGAUGGUGGAAAUGACGAUGACGGUGGAGACGGCGGAGAUGGUGGAAAUGACGAUGAUGGCGGAGACGGCGGAGAUGGUGGAAAUGACGAUGAUGGUGGAGACGGCGGAGAUGGUGGAAAUGACGAUGAUGGUGGAGACGGCGGAGAUGGUGGAAAUGACGAUGACGGUGGAGACGGCGGAGAUGGUGGAAAUGACGAUGAUGGCGGAGACGGCGGAGAUGGUGGAAAUGACGAUGAUGGCGGAGACGGCGGAGAUGGUGGAAAUGACGAUGAUGGUGGAAAUGACGAUGAUGGUGGAGACGGUGGAGAUGGUGGAAAUGACGAUGAUGGUGGAAAUGACGAUGAUGGUGGAAAUGACGAUGAUGGUGGAAAUGACGAUGAUGGCGGAGAUGAUGGAAACAAUGAUCCAAAUAGUAAUAGUGGUGAAAGUGGUGAAAGCGGUGAAAGUGGUGAAGAUAGAAGAAAGAAUUAA